GACAUCAAAGCCGUGGCCUUAUAUAAGCCAGAUCCUGAAGAGGAGGCAGAAGAAGGGUUAAAUAGGUCUCCUGGAUUCGGCGAGAGGCCUGUGCGCUGCGCGUCUCUCUCCAGCCUUGCCCGAGACUCUCCGCAAGCGGGAGUCCAGCAGAGCGCCGCCCCAGAGCCCACGGGUGGCCCCGGCAGUCUCUUGGCGCAUGGGGCGGCGCUAAUCGGGCUGGCGGCGCAGGCCAGGGGCCGCUCCAACAUGAACCUCGUGGGCAGCUACGCACACCAUCACCACCAUCACCACCAUCACCACCCACACCCAACGCACCCCAUGCUCCACGAACCCUUCCUUUUCGGUCCGGCCUCGCGCUGUCACCAGGAGCGGCCCUACUUCCAGAGCUGGCUGCUGAGCCCCGCUGACGCUGCCCCAGACUUCCCCGCCGGCGGGCCACCUCCCACAGCCGCGGCGGCCACCGCUGCCUACGGUCCCGACGCCAGGCCGGGUCAGAGCCCCGGGCGGCUGGAGGCCCUCGGUGGCCGCCUGGGCCGGCGGAAAGGCUCGGGACCCAAGAAGGAACGGAGGCGCACAGAAAGCAUUAACAGCGCAUUCGCAGAGCUGCGCGAGUGCAUCCCCAACGUGCCUGCCGAUACCAAGCUCUCCAAGAUCAAGACCCUGCGCCUGGCCACCAGCUACAUCGCAUAUCUGAUGGACGUGCUGGCCAAGGACGCUCAGGCCGGCGACCCUGAAGCCUUCAAGGCCGAACUCAAGAAGGCGGAUGGCGGCCGCGAGAGCAAGCGGAAAAGGGAGCUGCAGCAACACGAAGGCUUUCCUCCUGCCCUGGGCCCAGGCGAGAAGAGGAUUAAAGGGCGCACAGGCUGGCCGCAGCAAGUCUGGGCGCUGGAGUUAAACCAGUGAGCUGAGGCCGCGCCGACGACCCCUCCACAGCUGCCCGACACCCGGAGCCCCGGGAGGAGAGAAAGGCGGCAGCGGCGAGGGCCAGGCUCUGGGUGCCAGGGGCUUAUAAGGGCGCAUCCCGCAGAGCCUCUGCUGCGUGCUGGCAGGUCGCUGGCUGUAACAACCCACUUGGAUCGCACGUGCAAUGUCAUUUGAAAUUGAUUUUAAUACAUUAAGAGAAAGAGAAAUAUAUAUAUAUCUACACCCCCCACCCCCAAACUGAAAGGGCAGCUCUUGGCUGCACAAUGCGGGAGAGAGGGACGGCAGGACUCAUGCGCACUAAAAAGCACCCUUCCAACCCUCCUGGGGCGAAUUUAGAACCCCCAUGCUUUUCUCCACUAUGCCUUCUGGCUCUUUUUCUCUUCUCCAGUCAGCUUUUCGGCAACCCCCUGCCCCCAGGCACUCUCUUUCCUAAUUAAAAUGCAAUAAGAGGAAUCAAUAGUUUUCUUCCAGGGAAAGAGAACUAAACUAGGAAGAUGGAGGGGUGCCUUUUGUUGUUGUUCUCCUUCAAACCGUGCUGUUUUAUUUUAUUGUAUUUUAUUUUAUUGUUGCUGCACUUCCUACUUAGUUUCAAGGGAAACGGUUUCUCCCCUUCCUUUCCUUAUCUUUCCUUUCCUUCUUUUCCUUCCUUCCCCUUUCCUUUCCUUCUCUCCUUUCCUUCCUCUCUUCCUUAAUAAAAACUUUUCCCUGUGUUGAAAAGUUUUUAUGUAUUUAAACUACCUACCAUGCCUGCUGUGCUCAGGUGUUUGUUUAUUCUCCCAUCCCUACCCUUUUUCUACCUCAAAUCUGUAAGACCACUCACCGCCCCCUCCCUUUGCCAAAGCAGUAUCUAUGCUCUUGACGAAUAAAAGAUUUUCUGAAAUCGGA